GCAGACUUGUGCAGCCAAUCGAUGAGACGUGCACAAAUGAGGUGGUUGAGUUAUCCUUUAAUCCACUUCGAAAACACUCGGACUCACUUGCGAACGCGCGCAUACAUUCAAGGAACGCCAUCAUCAUCUGUGACCUUCCUUGGUCUAGUAGGGUAUUUCAUCCGUCAAGACGCCGCCAAACCACAAUCGCGCUGCUGCUUUGCCUUCUGCAGCUUGGCUCCUUGCUUCAUUUGCUGCCAUCACCCUCGUCAUCCGCGCUCGUGAGAGCAUCAAGAGCAUCAACCCCAUGGACGCAGAAAACUCGCUCCCUAAGCCCUCGGGUCUACGACCGCCCAGCACCACCCGAUUACCACAGCUUUCAUCGUCAACAACAGCAACAUUUACCGCCCAAUCCGGCCUUUUGCAAGAGAUGACCGACUCCCAGAACAACACCAGAGCUCAGCAGUCCAGUAUGGGUGCGCCGUCCAACGGGCUAAAGCGUGGAUUGGCCCCUCCAAUUUCGCAGCCCGAACCGAAGCGCAAGACUUUGGCCGACAAGGCAGGCACCGACUUCCCGGGAAGCAGGAUCCACAAGGCAGCCCCGACGCCUGCUAGAAGCAUAGUCAAGGGCGCGUCUUUGAAGGAUAUGGCACAUGUUAAACCCUCGGUACCCGUACCUCGAACGAUUUCCUCCUACGGCUCCAGCACGUCACGCCAAACCUCAAACAGCAGUUAUGCCAGCAGCAUAGGCCCGAGCAGCCGCCCGUCGUCCCGCCAGGCAAGAUCCGCCAGUGUGCGGUCCGGUGCCUCUAAGAAUGGCCGCCCCGCGACAUCGAUGGCAAUUCGAGAAGAGGAUCAAGGCAACGCCUGGGACGUCGAUGAGAGACUAGGGAAUUUUGAAUCCGAGUUCAAGGCCAUGAAGGACAUGAUCAACAACUCCAUCAGCGGCCAGAAGAGUUUGGAGGAGGACGUCGCUGCGGUCAGGUUAAAAGCGAGCGAGCUUGAACAACUCCGAAACGACCUAGAAACGAAGAAAUCAGAACUACAAACCGAAUUAGACGAUGCCGAGCGGCGAAUAUUCACCCUCACGCGUGAACUGGAGGACGAGAAGAGAGCUCGGCGUAAUGACCUGGAAGACUUGAUGAGAAACCACAGGAACGAUGUCGACAACAGAAUGCGGGAAUUCAGUCGCGAGAAGGACGACUUGGAGAGAGCGGCGAGAAAACGCCUGGACGAUGCCAAAGAGCAACUGGCCAACGAUUUUGCAAAACAGCUGGGUGAAGCGCACAAAGCAUUUGAGGAGCUGGAGAAGAUGCUUGAAGAGGAGAGGAGGACCGCAGCCAUGCGAGGUGAAGCGAAUGGCAAAGACCUGGAGCUGCAGAUGGCGCAACUCGACGACACGAGAAAGGAGCUGGACCGCGCCCGGAAAACUCACGACGACCUCAAUGCUUUGAUUAUGCGCAAGGAAGCUCGCAUUACCGACCUUGAGCACCAGGUGCUGGAGGGUCAGAAGGCACUCGUACAUCUCAAGGGAAAUGAGCAAGAGCAACUGCAAAGUUUCAAGAAGAUGAGUGAUGAGAAGCAGGCAGCGCUGGACCAAGCGGCGGAUGCGUUGAGGCAAGCGGAAGAGGCGAAAGCGAAGUUGAGAAUCGAAGAAUCACGGCGGCGGAAACUUUUCGAGCAACUCCAAACCCUCAAAGGCAACAUUCGAGUCAUGUGCCGCAUUCGGCCCGGUCGUAAUGAGACGGGCAAUGCUGAGAUCAAGACUGAGUUAGGAGACUACGACGAUCACAUGGGCAAGAUGACGGUCAUGGUGCCCAGCAACAAGUACGAUGGCCAGGAGGUCCUUCAGCCGAAACAGUACGAUUUUGAGCGGGUGUUUGAGCAACAUGAAGGCAAUAGAGCUGUCUUCGAAGAAAUCAGCCAGCUCAUCCAGAGCGCACUGGACGGUCAGCGUGUAUGCAUCUUCUGUUAUGGCCAAACGGGUUCUGGCAAGACCUACACUAUGAGUUCCGGCGAAGGUUCCAUCAUUCCCAACUCCAUCAAGAUGAUCUACGAGCAGGCUGAAGCCCUCAAGGAUGCCGGAUGGUCUUACAAGAUGUGGGGCUCCUUUACCGAAGUGUACAAUGAGAAACUCUUCGACCUCCUUGGGGAGGACGGGACCAGGAACCAGGUUGACCUCCGCCAGGACCCUGCGACCAAGAAGUAUUUCGUUGACUCGAAGCCCACGCUCUUGGAAUCCCCUGGCGAAGUGGCAAGCAUGCUCCAGACAGCUUCCAAGAACCGCAUUACUGCAGCGACCAAGAUGAAUCGCGAGUCGUCGCGCUCGCACUCCGUCUUCACGCUCAAACUCAGCGGCGUCGAUAUUGAAGGCAACACGAGCGAGGGUGUCUUGAACCUCAUUGAUUUGGCGGGAUCUGAGCGCAUCAAGGACUCGCAGGUUGAAGGCGUGAACCUCACGGAAGCCACAAGCAUCAACAAGAGUUUAUCUACGCUGAGUCAGGUGAUGAUGGCGUUGGCAGAGCAGGCGAGCCAUAUUCCGUAUCGUAACUCGACACUCACGAAGCUGCUGGAAAGCUGUUUGGGUGGGAGCUGCAAGACGCUUAUGUUUGUUAUGAUCAGUCCGCUGAGUGAUGAUAUCAAGGAGACGGUUAGCAGUUUGGAGUUUGCUACGACGGUGUCGAAAGCGAAAACCAGCCAUCAACCAGGGGCUCUCAAAGCAGUAAAGACUGGAGGUAGCAAGUUGGCAGCGCCAAAGAAGAGAUAAGAAACUCUUCGAUGCGCAUGUCUGACAGGAGCAGCCUCCGCUUCCCCGUCGUCACCGCCAUCGCGUCGCAUUCGUGCAUGAUUUUCGUCAUCAAAGCCAAGUGAGAAAUGACCAUGUUUAGAAAAAUACCUACCCUUGUUGGAGUUGUUGGCAUGUGGGCAUGCAUUGUAUUUUUGUCUUUGGUUUUUGGCCAAAUAUGGGGCGUCCAGAGAACACACAACUAUCAUUGGCAGGCUGUUGUUUUCAGCUUCUAGUUCUCGCUUUUUAUAUUGUGGUUUUGAGACAAUUUGUGGUAACGGACAGCAAACAGCUGCUUUGAUCGAGUUCUUGGGCGAGGGAUUCCAGUACCAUAAGGAGCGAUGAGGCCGCAGGUGUAGGGGGUGUAGGGACGGUGGGGGCGGUAUAUUGUAUUCGUAACCGCGGUAGAGCUGCGACUGUUGCGGGACUCUGAACGCGGAUAGUAGAUACUGAAGAUACAAAUUCCC